UUUUAACGGUUUCAACUACCCAUCCAUGUCCUCAACUACCAUCUUCCCGGGACCUCCUCCGUCACCACGCGCUACCACCAAGCACCACUUCCCAUCACCAGAUAGGCUUGCCUUCCUCAUCGACCAAUCUAGAACCAUUCACCGCCUCCGCCAAAUCCAUGCUGUUCUCUAUCGUCAUAAUCUCCAUCACCAUCCCAUCCUUAACUUCAAGCUCCAACGCUCCUACUCCUCUUUGGACCGACUUGAUUUCUCCCUCACUUUGUUUAAUCUUACUCCGGAACCCAAUGUAUUCUUCUACACAUCAAUGAUCCACGCCCACACCCUCCACAAUCUCCAUCACCAAGCACUUCUCCUAUUUAUCCAAAUGCUGAAUCACGAUGUUGACCCAAAUACUUUCACCUUCUCGUCUAUUUUAAAAUCCUGUCCGAUUGAACCCGGAAAAGUGAUCCAUUCCCUAGUGAUAAAACUUGGGUUCGAUUCAGAUUUGUACAUAAAGACUGGUCUUGUUGAUGUAUAUGCGAGAGGGGGUGAUGUCAUGUCUGCUCGUAAACUGUUUGAUGGUAUGCCUGAGAAGAGUUUGGUUUCUUUGACCGCGAUGAUUACUUGUUAUGCCAGGUGCGGUAAGCUUGAAGAUGCACGACUAUUGUUUGAUGGAUUGGAGAAGAGAGAUGUGGUUUGUUGGAACGUGAUGAUUGAUGGGUAUGCACAGCAUGGAUUUCCCAGUAAGGCUUUGGUGCUGUUUAGGCAAAUGUUGGCGACAGAGAAUGUGAAGCCCAAUGAAGUUACUGUACUAGCCGUGCUUUCUGCUUGUGGACAGACAGGGGCAUUGGAAUCUGGUAGGUGGGUGCAUUCUUUUAUUGAGAACAAUGGGAUUCAAGUGAAUGUUCAUGUGGGCGCUGCUUUGGUUAAUAUGUAUAGUAAAUGUGGAAGUUUGGAGGAUGCACGUUCGGUAUUUGAUAGGAUGAAGAUCAAGGAUGUCGUUGCCUGGAAUUCAAUGAUUGUAGGAUAUGCAAUGCAUGGAUUUAGCCAAGAUGCUCUGCAAUUGUUUGGGGAAAUGUAUAGAAUAGGACACCAACCUACAGAUAUAACUUUUAUUGGCAUUUUGAGUGCUUGCGCUCAUGCGGGAUUAGUCAAGGAGGGGUGGAAAUUUUUUAACUCCAUGAAAAGGAAAUAUGGGAUUGAACCAAAAGUUGAGCAUUAUGGGUGUAUGGUUAAUCUACUUGGUCGUGCAGGGCAUAUAAAAGAAGCUUAUGAGCUUGUCAAGCACAUGAAUAUUGUCCCUGAUCCUGUCUUGUGGGGAACUCUACUUGGGGCUUGUAGGCUUAAUGGUUGCACGGCUCUGGCAGAGGAAAUUGCUGAGCUUCUUGUUAGCCAGAAUCUUGCGAAUUCAGGGACUUACAUUCUCCUUUCAAAUAUAUAUGCCUCAGUGGGAAACUGGGACGGGGUAGCAAGGGUGAGGACAUUAAUGAAAGAGAGUGGGGUACAAAAGGAGCCUGGUUGUAGCUCAAUUGAAGUAAAUAAUAGGGUACAUGAGUUUCUUGCUGGGGAUUUGAGACAUUGGAAGAGUAAAGAAAUUUAUAUGAUGUUGGAGGAGAUUAAUGGUUGGCUUAAGGCCCAUGAUUACGCCCCACUGACAGAUGUUGUAUUACACGAUCUAGGGGAGCCAGAAAAGCAGCUAUCCCUUGAAGUUCAUAGUGAAAAACUUGCCAUUGCUUUUGGGCUUAUCAGUACUCAACCAGGAACCACGUUAAAGAUUGUGAAGAAUCUUCGGGUAUGUUCAGAUUGUCAUGCUGUGUUCAAGUUGAUUUCAAAGGUCACCAGUCGUAAGAUUAUAAUGAGAGAUCGGAACCGGUUCCACCACUUUGAAAAUGGUUUGUGUUCCUGUGGGGAUUAUUGGUGAAUUUUUACUCAAUUCCUCUGA